AUGGCCGUCGUCGACAAAAUCAUUGUCUGCCUGGUGACACGCGUCUGCCUGACGAGUGCCAUAUUAGUGGGCAAGGCAUCUUUGGAUCCAAAUAUACCGCGUCCGUGGCAUAGUUAUCUGCCGACUACGAGCGCUCCGUUUCCGAAACAUCCGAAUCAUCAGUACGAUAAUCAUGCAACCGACAGCGAACUCGAGAAGCUUGCGUUCUCCAGAGAUCUACAGGCAAAACGUCCAAUGGGACUGCAAUCUGCAUCAACUUUGAAUAAUCACAAGCAAAAGUUGCAAACAAGCCCUCAAAGGUUCCCCGUGGAAAUUCACCAGAACGACGUUUGGCUUUCGGCGACAGUGCCAAGAACAUCGUCAUCGCCUCCGCCGCCAACGACGACGACGACGACGACGACGAUGUUAUCGGGACCACGAGGUGUCCGGGGAUAUCAGAAUAUUGAGGUGCUUGACGAAUAUCUGACGGAGGAGUUGGAUGACAGUAAACUACCAUAUCGUGAGAAAGCAGAGUCGACGGCGUACUACUAUCAUCGCAGGCCGCAAGACCUAACGGCGGCCAUCAAGGCCCUCGAUCGCUUCUUGAGCCGUACCCUGAAUGACGACAGCUACAACAGCAAGCUACAUCCACCACCCAAUCCCAUUUUAGCCCUCAUCCUGUCCCGAUACGGGCGCUACGUGCCCGGAACGCGAAACCCCCGCGUCUACGCGUACAUGGCAGUGAACAAUAUUCACAACCACCAGCCGUUCGGCAAGUAUAAAUACGAGCACGACGAGGAACCAAUUUAUGUAGUGAGAUAACAAUUAUACCUAUUGAAUAUUUGUAAAUUUAGUUUAAAAAUACUCUAAUGCAGACAAAAUAUAUAAGAGA